AUGCCUUUUGACAUACAAGAGCCACUGGCCUCGUACAAAGGUGUCUCCUCUGAAAACGACGCAUCAUCUUAUACUCGCUUUGCUGAACCAGUUUCCCGGCUUUCUAGACAGUCGUUCAGGUUUAUCGACGAAAGAGAUGAUCGGUUACCUUUGCCUCCUUUUGAGUCUGAUCAUUCAGGAUCAGUAUCUUUAGAAAGAUAUAGUCUUCAUGAUACAGCCGCACCACGGAUAGACAAACAAGAUUCAGAAAAAGGCCACCCAACAUUAUCAACAUCUUACAAAACACAACCCCAGGAUGUGGAAAACGGGGUCCAAAACACGAAGAAUCCCGAUUCAUUCAUCAAUUCUGUUAAACGGUUUCCGAGCAAGCUUUUUCGAAAAGUUAGUGUAGCUCACCAUCCAACUUCACUUCAACGCAACCACACCGCCCCGACUUCGACUAGCGCUGGACAUUAUAAGCACACUAUUUAUCCCAUAGGACUUGUACCCAAAUACAGCCACAAACAACAGGAGUGUUUCAAUGAUAAAGGCGAGCCAUGUUUUCAUGAUUGCAAUGACGAGAUUGAUAACAAAUAUCAAAUAUUCUCCAAUGCAUCACUAACUGAUAAACAAUGUGCUGAUCGUACUGGCUGCACUACCACAAAUAAUAACGUACAAUUACCAUUAAGCAAUUCGCACUCUUUUCCAGAUUCUAUCACAAUAGCCGAAACCCCAGACUACUUCCAAUCAUCAUCUCCUCUCUGUAGAUCACCCACACGUAAAUGGAUCAGUGCUAUACUUGUCGUGACUCUUGGAUCCCUUAUAGCUUUAGCCUUUGUAAUGAUUGGGCUCGGAAAGGCACUAGGGUCUAACAAUACAGCCAUUCCCCAAAAGGCGGAGAACCAGCAUACUACUAGCGGGCUGUCCAAGGUCGUCUCUGGUUCAGAGCAUACAUUUUCAAGUCUCACCGUAUCAAGUCCAUCCCAAAUCAUCAAAAGCACUGCUCAUUUUACAUAUUCAAGCAAACCACAAGCUGACUAG